AUGAAGAAAGGAAACCCAGUAGUCAUAAAACCACUUCCUAUUGAAGUAUAUGAGGCGAAUACAAUUUAUAAACGAGUAAUACAACUAUGCUUAAGCUGGUUUCACUAUUACUUUAAACGUCCACCUUAUCAAGCAACGUUUCUUGAAUUUGGCAAUUUCAUUUGGAUUUAUAAUGAGCAUCGACAUCAGAUCUAUAAUCAUGGCUUUUUUGGAAAGGGAAGUCUAUCGAGAAGUGAACCAACGUGGCUAAGUAGAACAAUAGAACAGCAUAAACUAUCUUUGGAAGAUGUUACUGUGGAGAGACGCAAGAAGAGAAGAGAGAAAAGAAGAAAUCAGGCCAUUAAGGAUGAUCAAGACAAAUACCAGCCUGAUCAGCUGCUGGAUUUAGUAGAGCAUAAAGACAUGGAAACUCUCCAAUUAGAUCCUUGCGAAGCAUAUUUUUUGAUAUUUGCAUUAAAGGCACUUGACAUAAGAAAUAGUAAACAGAAGCUCUUAUCGAUUGAACAGUGCUGGACCAAGUUUUGCCAAAAUGAUCCAACGUUUCAUUAUACAUAUGCUGUGUAUCACUACUAUCGAAGCUUAGGAUGGGUGCCUAAAAGUGGAAUCAAAUUUGGUGUAGAUUUUGUGCUGUACAAAUUAGGACCAGCGUAUCGACAUGCUGAUUAUGCGGUAAUCAUCAUACCGUUACAAAAGGGACAACCUGAAGAUACUAAAAGCUGGCAAUGGUUAUUAAGACUGAAUCGUAUAUGUACACAAGUGAAAAAGACACUGGUCCUAUGCUAUGUCACUAUACCCGAAUCAAUCGAUCGGAUCGAGAACUACAGAAUACAGGAAGUAGUCUAUAGACGCUGGUCAGCUCAAAAGAAUAGAGAGUGA